ACUUGACAAACGGAGCGCGACGCAGAGCCCCUCUCCCCUCUCUCCUCUUCCACCUACUUCCGCUCCUUUGCCCUUUCCUCACCGACCAUCAACACCUGCUUCGCAGACGCCCCCCACAGACGACAUUCAUUACAACAACCUCAAUCACAUCGUACAGAACUGCCGCAACCAUGACCGACGCACCGCAAGUUCAGCACUCGCUGCUGCAGUCCAAGUUCCCCGUCUUCCUUCCGGACAUGCCUCAACUCAAGCUGUCAAAGGAUGACUUCGCUGCCUACGUCCAGACAUUGAGCGCGAAGCAACCUGCCGCACCUGAAAAGCUGUCUGCUGGAGGCCAUAAGGACGACUCGAAGCAGCCCGCUGACAAAGAACCACCACCACAGUCGGCUUUCAUGAACGCUCUGCUCUCGGACAAGAAGGCCGUGCCCUCCUUCGAUGAACACGAUGACAAGAUGCUCACUGAGAACGCCGACGUCGCCUACAGUCGGUCCGGCAGCGCACUCGUCGAUCUCUUCUACGAAUUCGAGGAGGUCAUCUCCGCAGCUGCGUUGCGGACGCGACUGGAGAAGGCAUGGGCGGAGGACAAGGAUGCCGCACUCAAGAUCAUCUGGAACGCGCGCUCCAUCCAUCUCGGCAAGAGCAACCGCAAUGCCUUCUACCGAGCUUUGGGCUGGCUGUACGAGAACCAUCCUGGCACUCUGUUGUUCAACUUGCAGUGGCUUGUGCGACCUGUCAUUCAGAAGAAAGUACCCAAGAAGGACGAAUCCGCCCAGACGGAAGUCCCCAAGGACGGCGAGAAAUCUACCGCGGCGGAGUCAGUCGACAACGCCAACGAGAAGGACGCAGACAAUGACUUUGAAAUGGUGGAUGGCGAGACGGCACCUACGAGCACGACAGACCCUAAGAAGCGCAAGCUCUCUGAACUCGAGUCUGCCGAUGCCGAGUUCGACGUCAAGUAUGGUGUCGCACAUGGUUACUGGAAAGACCUUCUGAAUGUGCUGGCCCUUGCCGCAAACGAUCAAUUGAAGGCCGAUGGCAACCCUACCAGCAUCCUCAACACUGAGAUGCCCAACGCGAAGAAGUACAAGCGCAAUUGGACUGAGGGCCGCAAGAAGGAGAUCAACAAGGCACGCCACGAUACUGUCUUGGCCAAGCUCGGAUCAGACCAGAAAUACAGGGCGUUGCAUCUUUGCGUGGCACGUCUUUUCGCCGAGCAACUUGAGCUUGAUCUUGCGCGUCUGGAAUCCAACGACAAGAAAGAGAUCAAGAAGGUCACUCUUGCGGGCAAGUGGGCACCUUCAAACAAAGGCAUGCAUGAUCAGCACACGACCAUCGUCACCAGCAUUGCAGAGCUGCUUCACCCGCUCGGGAGUGUCUGCCCAGAUGCAGAUCCCGCAGACCGGGAGCUGUACAUCAAGCACGCGCGCAAUGCCUACCAGGUCAAGACUUUGUCAAAACUGCGCAAGCAGCUCCAAAUCGUCGAGCGCGACUUGACUGCCGAAACAUUUGACCAAAUCAAGUAUGACCGCGUGCCUUCUCUCGCCAUGAAGCAAUAUACCCCACUCUUCGCCCGCAAAGACAUGGACCACUUCGAUGCUUACAUCGAAAAAGUUGCCCAAGGCCAAGCCAAGAUCUCUGGCGCCGUUCUCCUCCCUUCCGCGCUUGUCAAAGAAGUCUCGCGCGCUGGUUACUCCGGUGGCCGCCGUUCGAGACCCUCACCAGCUGACGCUCUCGUCGCUGAGAAGAUUCGCGAAAUCACCGCCAAGUCUAUCGGAGCUCAGUGGAAUACUCUCGUUCAACGCAUCAAAGACUCCGGAGCCCUCACUUCUUCCAUUGCAGUCUGCGACGUCUCAGGCAGCAUGUCCUCCCCAGUCUUCCGCGACGGAACCUGCCCCAUGGACAGCGCAAUCGGCCUCUCGCUUCUCAUCGCCGAAGUUACAGAACCUCCCUUCGACGGUGCGAUAAUCACUUUCCAUGCUCGUCCGGAAGUCUUCCACGUCGGUGGAGCAGAGGAUGAGAGAAGCUUCAUGGAAAAGGUCGGUUACAUUAAAUCUAUGCCCUGGGGAAUGAACACAGAUUUCGUCGCUGUUUUUGAGGGACUGAUCCUGCCGAGGGCUGUUGAGUGCAAGGUCAAGCCUGAGGAUAUGGUAAAGCAGGUCUUUGUGUUCUCGGACAUGCAGUUUGAUUCUGCGACUCGCGGAUAUGAGCAGGAGGAUCGUUGGACGACCUCGUAUGAGCGCAUUCAGAAGAAAUUCAAGAAGCAUGGGUACGAGAUGCCGAAGCUCAUCUUCUGGAACUUGGCGGGUGGACGUGCGGGAUAUGAUGACGGUGCUGGUGAAGUUGGAGGUGGGGAUUCUACGGCUCCGAAGCCGGUCACUGCUGCUGAGGAGGGCACGGCAUUGGUAUCGGGGUACAGCCAGGGACAGUUGAAGAUGUUUUUGGACAAGGGGCAGUUUGACGGGGGCGAGGACGAGGAGAUGGUCGAGGUCGGGGAAGAUGGAGAAGUGAAGGAGAAGAAGGGAGAUGAUCCAAUCGCGAUGAUGAAGAAGGCGAUUGGGCACGAUGCUUACCGGAUGUUGAAGGUCGUGGAUUGAACGUUGGGACUUGGGCAUGGAAUAUGGAUGUGCUGGACCAACAGAGGACAGCUUACGAUUCUUACGACUUGUGAUGACACGCACGCAUGAAGGGUACAUG